GAUUAUCUAUUCUCAGCAGAGGAGAAAGCGGAGGAAGAAAUGGAGCGAGCACGGGCUUGAGAGAAUAUAUUUGAGUUUUCAACAACAGAGGGCCGUCUGCUCCAGACCGUAAAGUGGAUUUGAGGUUUUAUCUGAGCGAGAGGUUUGGAUUAUUCUGCUGAGGGCAUCAUCUGACGUAGUGAUGAACGCUGAGCCUGAAACGGAGACGGACACUUACCAUCUGUCCACCGUGCCAGUGGACAGCGAAGACAGUGAGGAAGAAGUCAGCCAAGAGGAGCCGGCGGUCACGAGCUGGAGCGACCUGUCCAUUAUAGAGCGCGUAGGCCUCAACAGUGUAGAUCUGUCAGAGAAGGAUCUGGAGACAGCCUUCUCUCAGAUCACCCUGGCUUUCCGCUGCGAUCAGUACACGCUGAAGCAGAGGCUGCAGGCCGAGGAGCACGCCCGCAACCUGGCGGAGGAGAACGUCCAGCUGGAGCUGACCAGAGGCCGAGAGACCCUGGAGAUACUGAAGGGCCUGUGUUUGGACAGUAAGCGCAGUAAGAUCCUGCAGAAGCUGGAGCUGUGUCUGGACAUCCUCGGAGGGACCGUGGAGCGAAUCUCCACCACGGCGGAGGUGCUUGGUGCCGUCCAUCAGGAGGCCCGGGUGAGUCGGGCGGUGGAGCUCAUGGUGGCUCACGUGGAGACUCUGAGGAGGCGACAUGACAGAAAUUCAGCGGAGCUGGAGGAAGCCAGGAAGCUGAUGGAGCGUCAGAACUCCGGCAGAAACGUCCCCAGCAACCCCCGAGGCUCGCCAGAUCAAGAAGAAGGCGACAAUAAAAACACAAGCUCUCAGCCGCAUUUUUUACGCCGAAGAAUCAGUGUGUCAAUCAUAUCUUGCCAAGGUCAGGAGAAGAGGAGGCAAGACGCAAAGAAGCGAGUCCCGUCCCAGAGCUCAGACUCCAGCUGCUUAGUAGAUGACAGACCACCGGAUCCAGGUGAAGCUUUGCCUCCGCGAGAAUAUCCACCAGAAGCUUCAGCUGCUCAGCGUCCUCCAGACCUGCCCCCCUCCUCCAACCCAGCGUGUCCUUCUUCAAGACAAGUGGUCGCCAGAAAGAUGCUGAGCAAAAGCGCCUCUGUGGAUACUUUGCAACAGAGACAUAAGGCAAGAGCGGUGUCAACAAAGAAAAAGGAAAAAAAGACAACGAACACCUACAGAUGUAUCUCCUUGGGAGGGUCUGGAUCUGUGUGGACGCAAAACCCUCUGACCCGCUGGCUGUAUCGCUGUCGAUGGGCGCUCCUCUUCAUGUACCUCUUUGUGCUUUUCAGCGUCGUAGCUCUCAUUUACGUCUUGUGGAAGCUCCACGAUGGAGAGCUCGAGCUGUGAUGCUUUUCUUCCCGAAGAUGCUGCCAGCGUCAGUGCUUUAUCUGAAUUUAGUGUCUUUACUGUUGAAAGCUCUUGAUAUAUGUAAAUAAAACAUUUUGAUGUAACACUCUCAGUUGUGUGUCCGUGGAGAUUCUCAGUCAUCAACAAAAAAUAAAGGAAGCUGGGCUUCA